AUGGCUUUAAUUGGGAAUGUAGAAGCCAUCCAAAUAGACAAAACAGAGAUUGAGACAUAUCUAGAAAGAAUGGAUCACCUUUUCAAGUGUAAUAAAGUGGAAGAUGAAGAAAAAGUGGAUCUUUUUGUAACCUUUAAUUGGAGGUGAGGCAUAUAAAAUGUUGAAAAACUUAACAAAGCCAGCAACAGUGUCUUCUAAGAGUUAUGCAGAAUUAUAGAAACUACUAAACGAUAGAAUGGCACCAAAAAAGUCUGUCAUAUAUGAAAGUUACAAGUUUUACAAAUUAAACCAAGGUACCAGUACUAUUGCUCAGUAUAUUGCAAAUCUAAAAGAACAAGCAUCUUUAUGCGAAUUUGAAAUGGUCAAUGAUUAUCUUGACAGGGCGUUAAGAGAUAAAUUUGUCUGUGGAAUAUCUGAAAAAAGAAUUCAAGAUCGGCUUUUGUCAGAAAAAGAUCUCACAUUUGUUAAAGCUUGUAACAUUGCACUUGCCCAAGAAAUCAUAUACCUGGAAAGCAAAGAAAUUCAGCACGAACCAGAUAGUGUUCAUAAAGUCUAUGAAAAAGUUAACCCACAAAAAUUAAAAACAAAUACUAAAUCUAGUCCAAGUAUUGUUAGUCGCCAAAGUAAUAAAAAUGGUCAAAGUAAUGGAAGUCACCCAAAUAUUCCUUCAAGUCAGUCUAGAAGCAGGUAUAGAAAUUGUUGGAGAUGUUCUAGAUUUCACAAUGCAGAUAUCUGUCCUGCUAAAGAAUGGAAAUGUUUUGUCUGUCAGAAGCAGGGUCACACAUCUACAGUGUGUAGAUAUAGAAAUGUAAACUUCACAAAAGAAGAAGAAGAAGAAAACCAACAAGAAAAUGUAUAUGAAUUUAAUAGCAUUGUACAAGAAGAAGGUAAUGUCGAGUCAGAAGUGGGAGAAGCAAACCAGAUAAUUGAAAUCAACAAUAUUAAGUCUAUUCCAGCCUUAAUAAACGUCAAAGUGGAAAAUAAGGAAGUAACUAUGGAAGUUGAUAGUGGAGCUACUGUAAGUCUUAUGUCUUUUAUUGAAUUUAAGGAAAAAAUUUUGUAUUUGACAGUAAAUAAAACUAGUAGUAAGUUAAAAACUGUUUCAGGAAGUAUAUUGACUGUAAUAGGUAAGGUUAAUGUUAACGUAAAAUCAAACAAUAAUGUUUAUAAGUUAUCUUUAUUUAUAGUAGAUACUAAGGAGAAAUUUACUCCCUUGUUAGGUAGGUCUUGGCUUGAUGUAAUAAAGCCGAACUGGAGGGAAAUUUUUAAGGUAAAUAAUAGUCAAGGUGAGGUAAAUGCGGUCAAGUUUACAGAGUUGGAACAUUUUAGGGCACUCUUCCCAAAAGUUUUUAGUCAGGACAAUAGUCAAGCCAUAGAAGGGUGUCAAGCCAAUUUAGUUAUUAAAGAAGAUGCUCAAAUGAUAUUUCACAAAGCAUAUGAUGUACCUUAUGCUCUUCGAGAACAAGUAAGUAAGGAACUUAGUCAAAUGGAAAAGUCAGGUAUCUUAGUACGAACCACACAAGCAGAAAUAGCAAGUCCAAUAGUCAUAGUAAAAAAGAGCAAUGGAGGAAUUAGGAUAUGUGGAGACUUUAAAAAAACCUUGAAUCCUAUUUUGAAACAGGAUCAUUACCCCCUCCCAAACCUGCAAGAUAUUUUUCAUAAAUUAGUCGGAGGUAAAGUUUUUACAAUUUUAGAUUUGUCAAAUGCCUAUUUGCAGUUAAAAGUCAAUGAAACUUCAAAAAAAUUGUUAACAAUACAUACGCACUGUGGGCUAUAUAAAUUUACACGAUUACCGUACGGUGUGUCUAGCGCUCCAGCAAUUUUUCAGAUGUUGAUGGAACAAGUUUUGUCUGGUAUAGAUAUGACAGGUGUUUACCUGGAUGAUGUCAUUAUUGCUGGGGAAGAUCUUACUGAUUGUAAGAAUAAUAUGCUAAAAGUUUUUGAAAGACUGAAUAAAUAUAAUAUUAGAAUUAAUCAAAAUAAAUCAUGCUUCUUUCGUGAGUCUGUCGAAUACUUGGGACAUGUAUUAGAUAAAGAAGGUGUUAAACCAAUGCAAAAGAAAAUAGAAGCUAUUCAGAAAGCUCCUGCGCCCAAAAAUCUAACUGAAUUAAGAGCUUAUUUGGGAUUGCUAAAUUAUUAUUCUAAAUUUAUACCCAUGUUAUCUACAGAACUAUAUUCCUUAUAUAAAUUGUUACAGAAAAAUCAAAAAUGUGAAUGGGGUGAAUAACAACAAAGGGCUUUUGAAAAAAGUAAGACACUUUUACUGAAUAGCAAGGCUUUAGCUAUUUAUGAUCCAACAAAGGAGUUGGUUGUCACAUGUGAUUCGUCUCAGUAUGGAUUGGGAGCAGUAUUAAGCAUAAUAGUAAAUGAUGUAGAGAGGCCAGUUCUAUUUGUUUCAUGUACACUAAACAAACAUCAACAAAACUAUGCCCAGGUUCAAAAAGAAGCACUGGCAAUCAUAUUUGCUGUAAAAAAAUUCCAUAAGUUUAUUUAUGGAAGAAAGUUCACAUUAAUUUCAGAUCAUGAAUCUCUUAAAUCAAUUUUAGGUCCAAAAUCAGGGAUACCAACACUUGCUCAUUCAAGACUUCAAAGGUAUGCGUUAAUUCUUUCUGCAUAUCAGUAUACAAUAAAGCACAAAAAGGGUAAGGAUAUUGCAAAUGCUGAUGGGUUAUCAAGGCUUCCUUUAAGUGAAGCCAGUAUGGACGAGGAAGAGGUUUAUGCAUUUACGUUAGAUCCAGAAGUACCUCUUACAGCAGAGGACAUUGCAAAGGAAACUGGUAAGGAUAUGAGUUUAGUUAAAGUUUUGGAGCUAACUAAGUUUGGUUGGCCUACACAUAUGAAGGACGAACUGUUAUUACCAUACUUUAGAAAAAGAUAUGAAUUAAGUAUAGAGGAAGGCUGUUUAACAUGGGGUAAUCGAGUUGUAAUUCCUAGAUCUAUGAGAGAAGAAGUGCUAGAAGUUCUACAUGAUCAGCACCCUGGAAUAGUUAGAAUGAAAAUGCUGGCUAGGAGUACAGUUUGGUGGCCUGGUAUUGACACAGAUAUUGAGGAAAAGGUGGGUAGGUGUGAAGCUUGUCAAUUAAGUGCCAGGAGACCUCAAGAGGUUGAAUUAACACCCUGGAGGCCCGCUACUAGACACUGGCAAAGAGUACAUAUGGACUUUUACCAGAUUAAUCAGAUAUACUUUUUUAUAUUAAUCGAUUCAUCAUCAAGAUGGCUGGAAAUCUUUCCUAUGACAAAUGGCACAAAUGCGAGUAAAAUUUUGGAAAAACUGAGACAGGUUUUUGCUACGUUUGGUCUACCGGAGUCAUUGGUGGCUGAUAAUGGGCCCCCCUUUUCAAGCAGAGAAGUUAAAUUAUUUUGUGCUUCUAAUGGUAUCAAGCUGAUUAAUUCUCCACCAUAUCAUCCCACAUCAAACGGAAGUGCAGAGAGGGCAGUGGGAACUGUUAAGUCAGCGCUAAAGAAGUUGGUAUUAGAGGAACGAAAAUUGGGGAUUAAACUAAGUUUGGAGCAUCGACUGUCAAAUUUUCUUUUUAGUUACCGAAAUACACCCACAACGACUACUCAAAAGUGCCCAAGUGAAGAAUUACUCCGCCAACCACCUAGGACUAAAUUAACACUGCUAAAACCAAAGAUAGCAGCAGAAAGUAAAACUAGAGAACGAGUACAAAAAGGAGUAGAGAGGGAGACAGGAAGAAGACCUUUGAGUUGUUAUGUGGAAGGAGAAGAUGUAUUAGUUUACCUAAGUCACGAGAAACAGUGGACUACUGGAAGGAUUGUGAGAUCUCUUAGUAGGGUAACAUAUUUAGUUUGGGUAAAUGGAAAUAUAAAAUUCCUACAUGCCGAUUCAUUAAAACCAUCUAAGUUGGGUGGCAAGGAAAAUGAGGUAAAGUUUAGGUUAGAAGAAGACACUGAAUGGAAUUCGGAAGCAGAGGUAGAGAAAAUGAAAAGUGAAGUAUUAACUGGGGAAGUAAAAACUAAGUUAGAUGCAACAGCAGAGCCCUCAAUAGAGCAGCCUACUAGUACAUUUUCAAAUGUGGAACCAGAACCUGCAAGCUUGACUAUGCCACCAGAGCCUUGCUUGCGGAGAUCUUCCAGGUCUAUUAAACCUCUAGAAAGGUUAAAUUUAUAA